AUGCAUGGCAAAGAGUCUGCUGUUUUGAUCCUUGAUGAUAACAUGGAUGCAUGGACAAGGGAAAAUCAGAGCAACCUGAUACUAAUGCGAAAGUAUCUAUUCUUUAAAUCCAAAUCGGCUCCCUAUAAUCGAAAUUUCAAGACUCUUUCUGAAUUGAAAAUUGAUGAGAUUGAUGAGUUGUCUCAACAACCCUAUCUUGCAACUAUUCUCCAACUUCUGAAGCAAAUCCACAGCAUGUUCUUCGAUGAUGAAGCGACUGUUGGGGACAAUCUUAUCGACAGAGAUGUGAGGAAGGUGUUGGAAACUCUUAGGAAGAAUGUCUUGAAAGGGUGUAAGAUUGUUUUCCCCCCUCGUCGGCCCGAUAUGAUUCAGUGGUGGAAUAUGGCACAGCGUUUGGGAGCUACUUGUGUUAAGAAAGUGGAUGAUCCAUCAGUGACACAUGUGGUUGCGACGCAAACUGAUGCUGGAAGGCCAAUGGCGGUGGAGGACAACAAGUUGUUGGUCCAUUUCCGGUGGAUAGAAGAAUCAAACUUUAUGUGGCAAAAGCAACCUGAAGACAAGUUUCCUGUUCCUGUAAUUGAGGUUGGCAAAAUUGUCCAACCUGAAAGUGCCAGCCCUGAAAUUACCAGCCCCGAAAUUACCCUCCCUGGAUUCUUCACCCGCCUCCGAUCAGUAUUCCUUCCCUCAUUCCUUGACCCGGUUACCUUGUUGGCUACAAUAAGUGGCCUGAUUGGCAGGAAAAGGAAGAGGUUAUAG